AUGGGUCUUUUCCACCAUCAUCAUCCUGAGGGCGGUCCCCACGACGGUCCUGGUGGCCCUGGAGGUCCAGGAGGCCCUGGCGGUUUUGGCGGCCCUGGUGGCCCUGGCGGUCCUCAUGGCGGUCCUGGCCCCCAUGAGGGCCCUCACGGUGGCCCUGGUGGCCCUGGUGGUCCUGGUGGUCCUGGCGGUUUUGGCGGCCCUCACGGCGGCCCUGGUGGUCCUGGAGGUCCUGGAGGUCCAGGAGGUCCUGGAGGUUUUGGUGGCCCUCACGGCGGUGGUCCUGGUGGUCCUGGUGGUCCUGGUGGUCCUGGUGGUCCCCAUGGCGGUGGUCCUGGUGGUCCCCAUGGCGGUGGCCCUGGCGGUCCGCACGGCGGCUGGUAA